AUGAUUCCUAAGAUGGUAAGGAAAUAGUUACAUCAUAAAUUGAUCGAAGUUUUGAAUAUAUUGCUGAGUUAAAGCUCUCAUUUGUUCUGGUUGCUGUUCCGGCAAAGAUACAGAUUGCAUUUGUUAAAAUAAAAGAUAUUUAAAUUUAUGAUUUAUAUUUCAAUUAAAUAAGCAUUAAUUUAUUAGUCUAUAUAGAGAUUAAUAUAUUAGUAUUCAUGGUCGUUAGAAAUAUUAGAGAUAUUUGAUAUUAGGGAUAUUAGUAUAAUUUAUAUUAAUCUUAAUAGAUUUACGAUUUUAGUAUUAGUAUUAUUUAGAUUAAUCUUAGUCAAAGAAAUAAUUAAAUCAUAAAUUAAUCAGAAUUAUAUAUAUAUAUACACUUUGUUUGAUAAGGAAGGAGUGCAGCUAAGAUAGAAUGAUGCGAUCUAGAAGUAUUUUUUGGUACCUAUGGCAUAGGUCACAAAUUCGAGUCGUGGUGGUUUCAAAGACUUGGUGCUUUUUAUUCGGCAUAAUUAUAGUUAUGAGGUGCGUUGUGGUGUAUGCUCUCCUAUUAAUGUUUAAUAGCUGUAAUUAAUUUUAAUAGUUAUAGAAAUUAAGAGCAUAUAAUAUGAUAGUUAUAGCAUUAAGAUUAAUAAUUUAUAAAUAAUUGGAAAAUGAGCGAUUUUUUGGUGUUUUUCUUAUGAGAGUCUAGUGA